CUGUACUCUAAAAUUUGUACAUCUAUGAAUAGAUUUACCAUAGAUUAACGAAAUCAAUGACAUGACACUGACAUAUGACUAACCUCAAAAUAAUUUGUUUAUGUUUACUUUUGGAAUAGGUAUUUGCAUUUUUGUUUGAAAAUGGAAGAAAGCCAUGUGAAUAAAAAAGAAUGGUCCAAAUUUGCUAGAGAAUAUGAUCCUAUUAAAAUAGGUUCAAUUGACGGUACCGAUGUAGACCCUCAUGAUAAAGCUGUAGUUAGAGCAAUUAAUUCUGAAUAUUACUCAAAUAAACAUGUUAAAGGACAGCCAGAGUGUACCAUUUUCGUUAGUCGUUUAAGCUGUAAAACUACCAAGGAAGAUAUUAAUGAAAUAUUUUCUAAAUUUGGACGGAUACGCAGAUUUAGAUUGGUGAAGGAUAUAGUGACUGGGAUGCCUAAAGGUUAUGCUUUUAUUGAAUAUGAAGAAGAAAGUGAUGCUGAGGAGGCAUAUGUAAAAGCAAACAAAAUAAAUGUUGAUGGUAGGCCGAUAUUUGUUGAUUUUGAAUGUGAAAGAUUACUCAAAGGAUGGAAACCAAGAAGACUUGGUGGAGGAUUUGGAGGAAUGAAAGAAUCUGGACAAUUAAGAUUUGGUGGUAGAGAUAGACCAUUUAGAAAACCAUUUUAUUUGGAUAAUAAUAUACAAGAAAGGACACAUAGGAGAGAAUUGAGUAGACGAGUAUCUAGUAAACUUAAAUAAAGGAAUAUUGUUAUACAACUUCAGGCCCAUGCUUAAUGUGGAUUUAUUCAUAAUAGCAGUGUUAUAUUUACACAUAUAAAAAUCAUCACGAUGUCUUGUCUUAUGACUAUGAACUUCAUUUACAAAAUGUAAGUUUUCUCUUAGGUAACCCGACAACCAAUUUCAUCCUAUACAUAUUAUAAUCUAGGGUUCUUUAUGUUAUUCUCUGAUUUUCACUCAUCAUUUUCGAUAUUUCUAACAUUAGUCUUAAUUAAAGGAGUUCUUUUGUUACACUUUAGAACGAUUCUCAUACCUCGAUUUUGAAUUUUUUGUAAAACAACUAUAGAACAUUUUUGUAAGUUAAACAAAAUAGAAGCACAGUACUCAACAUGUGGCAUUACCAGUGAUUUAAACAUCAUAGCUGUAUUCAUAUCUAUAUUAUUUCUUAUUCUAGAUAGGAGAUGUGUUUUCUUAGACAUUCUGUUUGCAAUAUAUUCUGCGUGAAAUUUGAAAUUUAAAGUUUCGUCAAUCAUAACACCUAAGUUUUUCAUCUUAUGCACCCUAUCAAUUAUAUCCUGAUUCAUUUUCACAUGCCAACCAGAUGUGUUAACGUUUCUAAUAUUAUAUUCGCUACCAAGUAACA